UCUCUCACUCUCUCUCUCUCUCUCUCUCUCUAUAUAUCUGCCUCUCACUCUCUGCGGUUGACCCGACCCGGACCUAACCGAACAGAACCGGAGUAAGGAGCGGUUAUCAGGAAUGUUCGGCAGAGUCAGGGCUUCGACUUCAUCACUGGACAGCUUAGAGGGUUCUCCAUCCAAGAUUAUCAAAGAUGACACUUUCUCCAUCUACGAGGCUACUCUCAUGAAGCUAAAGCUUGGUGCUCAACGUGAUGCAAUCGCAUGUUCAUCCUCCAUGGAAAUGGACCAAGAUAUAAAUGAUUGUUCAGUUCGUUUACCGUGCACUGAGGAAACAAAUCUGAAGGCACGAUUUACUCCUUCAAGUUUGGAGCUUGUGGUAAUUUCACCCGGUCAGGGAAUAACGACGAUGGACACAGAUGGGUCUUUGCCUAGUGUUAGUGAUCAUGUUUCUACUGGGAACUCGGAACAGCGAAAGCAGAGUGACGUUUCUAUUCUUCAUUUCUUUAAAAUUAAAGAUCAUGGACAUGACACUGUAUCAACCUCCGGAGAGGCAACAACAUCAACGGGGAAUGGUAGUUCUGAAUCUGUUUCAUUAAUUUCUGCUGAAUAUCGUUGCACAAGUGAAGUGGAAGGUAUUCAAGCCUUGCAAGUUUGUGAAUUGUCAGAUUGA